AUGGCAUUGAAGCAGAUUAUCGGUCUAUCCUGCCUCGCGGCUCUGGCUGGCACUUCAUUUUCAAGUCCCGUAGCUCCAGGCGUGCGCCAAUAUGUCCCCCUUGGAAGCUCUUCAAUUGUACCGAAUGCCACAACAACUUGGAGUAGUUCACGCAUGAUAGCCUCUACCGUUGUCUCAUAUACUACCUCUGUCUCAUAUACUACCUCAUCAUUUAGCGAAUCUUCAAGCACACUCGCAAGUUCAAGUUCGCCGUCUACUAGGAGAUCUACAACAAGGAGCCCAAGUGGAAGUAUUAGCUCCUCUACUUCACCACUACCAUCUGCCUCUACGAGUAUGCGUAUCUCCAACACUGCCAUUAGCUCUAGUGGUCCAGUUCGGCCGUCAGCCUCAAAAACGGUAUCUCUCUCAACAGGCUCUAGCUCUCUUACAUCUACGAGACCCAGCGGAUCAGCGUCCUUGAUCGUGCAGAGGCUCACGGAACCCAAUGGACCUGUUGUCACUGUUACACUCCCUGCCAGUGCUUCUGUUACUGGACUAGAAACCCUCACUAUAUCUGGCUCCACACUGACUGUUGAGCCUGUAGCGGUGACACCCAGCGGAUCAACGCCCUUGAUUAUGCAGAUGGUCACAGAACCAAAUGGACCUAUUGUCACUGUUACACUCCCUGCCAGUGCUUCUGUUACCGGACUAGCAACCCUCACCAUAUCUGGCUCCACAUUGACCGCAGAGCCUAUAUCGAUAACAUCCAGCGUAUCUUCAACACCAUCCGCGUCAACUUCGAACGUUGAGACAUUCACCAAGCCUGAUGGGUCUUCGGUAGUCCUCACACUGCCGCCUGACUCGACAUUGACGGGACUGCAGACUAUUGCGACGGACGGGGAGACGCUCACUAUUCAGCCUGUGCCUAUGCCGACUACCAGAGUCAUCAUUACAUCGACAAUGACAACGGUGCCUACUGGGCUGUCUAUCGAACCCUUCACCGGAACCUCUGUCACGGGAAAUAUGUGGCUGACGACCACGGGCAGCGAUCACUCGACCACAAUUGUACCCAUCAUCUUGCCGUGUCCAACAUGUGAACCGAAAAUCAUUUGGAACAUGCCAGAAAUUCCAGACGUCGAUUUCACUUGGCCAACCUUUCCGCAGCUCCCUAAAUUCCACCUGCCGUGCAUCAAGAUCUUCGGCAUCACUAUUGCUGGCUCAUGCCCUGAUCCUUCGGGACCUACUCCCGCGAACGAUGCACCCCCGGAGAGCCCGGAGCCUACAAAUUCACAGACCUCUUCACUAUCGUCCAGCUCGUCCAGCUCGUCCAGCUCAUCCAGCUCAUCCAGCUCAUCCAGCUCAUCCAGCUCAUCCAGCUCUUCAAGCCCAUCGGCUUGCAGCGCAACCCUAAGCGUGCCUGUGGUCCCCUCUCAGUUGACUGCACCAACUGUGACGUUGACCUCAGUAUCGAGCUCGGGCAGCUCAAGCACUGCAAGCCAGACGUCAUCCGCUUGCAGUGCAACCCUAAGCGUGCCUGUGGUCCCCUCUCAGUUGACUGCACCAACUGUGACGUUGACCUCAGUAUCAGGCUCUGUCAGCUCAAGCACUGCAAGCCAGACGUCAUCCACGGCCGGGAAUACAGGCUCUUCGACACUCUCUUCGACAACGUCGCCCUCUUUGACAACCUCAUCCUCUUUACCUCCGCUACCAAGGCUCACAUUCUCAACUACUCUGGCCAUCACGACAGUCGAGCCGAUUUCCACCCAGUCCGGAAGCUCUUGUGUCUCGACGUCGACAACCACGCUCUGCGAGAUUCCGCAAGAGCCGUGCAUAACGUCCGCUAUUUGCAACAGCUGGGUUGCGACAGCGACAGCGACAGCGUCAGCGACAUUGACAUCGACAUCGACAUCGACCGGACCGCCUACUCCAACCGGGCAAGUUUAUAUCGACAUUUUUACCGAUUCGGAUUGUGGCAACGUGUUAGAACAGACUCAGCUGAACGCUAUAGGUCAAUGUUACAGCCCUACCGAUUCGUCAGGCAACCUGAUAAGCUUCGAGUGCUUCUCAAUUACCUAUAUAAGUACAGCAGCUUCUAACUCGGCCUCGCUAUCGGCUUUCAAGGGACCUGGAUGUUUUAGCCAGGAUGACUCGCAAGUAAUGGACUAUGCAAACUUGACUGCUAUUGACUACGACGUUGAGAAACCCUUCACAAUGGGAUCCUUGUCUCUUUACGGGGCUUGA